CUAACGCAGUGCUCUGGAGUGUUUUGUUUUUACGGGGUAGCUGUGAGGAAAUAGAGAUUUAAGAUGUUACAAAGCCAUUUUGGCUGAAAAUUUUCCUCUGAUAUGUUUGAGUAAACCUUCCUUUCGUGAAAACGGUCUAUGAGUCCUUCAUACAACUGAUAUCCAUAUAAAAAGCCGUGAUUUGUGGAAUAAACUAGGUUAGACUGCGCGGGAAAGUAAGUGAGGCGAGGUUACAAAGCAAAUGAUCAGACACUCUGCAAGCAUGUUUCGUCGACAAGGUCUCGUGCAGGUAAGAUUGGGAAUAUUUGUACCUUUACCAAGUUAUACUCUUUCCUGGGUUUUGAGAGAAUAUUUUAUGAUAAAUUUUUGUUGUUCUUUUCAGCUUAAACGAAUCGCCACACGAUGUGAAGGAGAAGUGCCUCGGAGAAGCGGAAAGUGUAAGUCAGCAUGUUGCAGAUGGUGUGCUCGUCAUUGGAAUCCUCACUUCAUUUAAGAUAGAAUACAAUAAAUAUCGUAGCCUUUAAUCUCUGAAAUCAAAUUAUUUUGAAGCGUUUAAAGCAAUCAGUUUGAACUCCCCUCUUCCCCCACCUCAGAGGGUUUAAUUUUCUCCAAUGAGAGGAUUGGGUCACGUCAUAAAAGGCGGCUAUGGAUUACGUUCAGCGGUUGAUAUUGUAUCUCUGGCUUCACUUUGAACUUGCCUGAUCACAGAUCUUUGGACUGGUACACUUAAAAUCACUAUGAGGACUAGUUCCUGAAAACAUUCAUUAUGUAGAAUGGAACUGAACAUAACUAACUCUAAUUCUUGAAGAGAAACUAACGGAAAGUAACAUGCAGUCUAAGGCAGCUGGUGGCAGAAGACUGAAGAAAAAAGCUGAAUUAAUUGUUAUGUUAGAUGGAAGUUUAAUAAUUAAAAAUUUGAAUUUCGUUAAUUAUUAACGAAAUUCAAAUUUGUGAAGGUUUACCUUUACUUUUGGUGGACCUCAAAGUGAAUGAGGGGCCUUGAUACUGGCAAUAUACCUUAGUACAAGUGUCAAAACUGCAAAAUUUGUAGCUCCCUGAUAUAUAAGACUGACUUGAAUAACACGUGAAGCUUAUCAUAGUUAUUGAAGAAUGAAGCAACUGGGUAUACAGGAUAUCCUUCUGACUGGAAUGCUAAUCGGUUCAGUUUGACUCUUCCACUUGAAGUAUUUUCUCUGUGGCAGUUUUCUGGUAUCCUGGCUUAGAAGGUGCAAUAUGAAAGGGCAUGUCUUACCCAUGAUCACAACCCUGGCCACAGGUCAAACCCAAACCUUUCUAUGCAGGGUCCAUAACAGCAGGCAUCAGGCUACCACUAUCAGGAUAUCCUUCAAAAUGAAAAAUUUAUCUAAGCUGUUUCAUUCAUGCCCACAGGUCUCAACAGUGUACAGUUGAUUGGUUAUACAGGUGGUGAUCCAGUGAAAGGGAGUGCAGACUACCAGCCAACUAAGUUUAGCUUGGCAACAACACAAUAUUAUACAUCAAGAGAAGGUAAAUAAUAAUGAUGUAUCUUUGUCAGUCAACUCUUGACAAAACAAGGAAUGUAUUAUCCUCCUGAUAUGUAAAAGUUUGUAGGGCAGAAGGCAAAGUUGUAGGUGUAAGGUUGAAGUGUUUCUUUCAUUUGAAAAGUGCUGCCAGGAAAAGUCUUGAUAUGUUAUACAAAAUGAAUGAAAAUUUUAUUAUUAAGUAUUUUUUUUAAUCACAGAGAUUCACAUUUUUUAUCUUUUUUUAUUUCUAAAGAUUAUGUUUAUGGUGACAAGGAAGUCCAAUGCAACCUACUGUACCCCUUUUCUCUCUAAUGGAUUUACUCAGAAAUUGCUUAUAAAUUAAUAUAAUACCCAUAAUUGUGUCAAUAACAAACCAAGUGGUUCUUUACAGCCCUUAUUUGUGGCUAAAUUGGCUUUUUUAAGCCCAAACUAUCCAAUUUCACCCAUCUGAUUACAAACACUUUCAAAUCAGACAGUUAAGCAGCCAACUAAAAUUUUUGCAUUUUAAGUGAACUGAGCCAACAAAACUUUACUACCAAGCUGAUGCUAGCCACUCAAAAUGAAGAAGAAUUUUUAAGUUAAGCAGGUUGAGAGGUCGACAUUGAUAACAAACAUACAAAUGAACUGGUCCAAUGACUAUGAUUCAGUAUCAGUAAGAAGGGUCCAUACUCCUAAAUUGAAGUUUUUGUUCCCCAUAUUUUGUCAUUGGUACAGUUGGUAAUUGAACUUGUCAAACAAUUUAGGGGUAAUCACACUUUCAAAUUUCACACCAGUGUCAUGAUAUGCAUUGGGCCAAUUUGAAAUCACAUGCCGAAUUACUGUAUUGUUGUCCACUCAGUCCUAUUACCAUUUCUAAUAAUGAUGUAGAAAAAGCCUUGUCAACGCAGUCUGAUUAAAUCCCUCUGACCUACACCAACAAAUUAUCUGAGGUCACUCUGACAUGAUUCCAGUGCUGAAAUGUAGUUUUUAAAUGAUGUUUAUUGUCCUUUCAAUAGGAACUACUGUUUUCAUCUGACUCCCUUGCUUUGUAGAAAAACUGGAGAGUAGGACACAGUGGCACAACAUUACAGUUUUCAGACCCUACUUACAAGAUACAGUUAACAGCUAUGUGAGAAAGGGGUAAGUUCUUCAUAAAAAAAACUAUCAUGGAUUUAGUUAUAGAUUCAUGAAACCUUAGCUUUUGAUUCUAGCCCUGAAUUGCCUACUAAAGUGAAAGUUACUGGUAGCUUAGAAACAUUGUUCAAUUAAGGAUCUCAGUGAAGAUUUCAGAAAGUAUUGGUGGUUAUACCCUUUCAGUGCAAUGUACAGAACUGGAGAUCAGAGAAUUCUCUGGGUAUCGUGUAGAAUUCUCUAACUGAAUUUGAAGGCCUCAGCCAGUUUUUUUUAAUUCAGAUUUGGAGAAUUUUCCAAUAUUCCUCUUUGCUGUACAUUUCUUAUGAUUUUAGUUUAAAGGAAUUGGUAUUGUAUCAACCAUGAAACCCCUACUUGGUAUUUUUAUUUAUUCUCAGCACUUGUUUCUGUUGUUUUACUUAAUAUUGUUCUAUGAGUAAAUUCAUAUUUUCUGUUUAACUCCCAGAACACGUCUGUUUGUUGAAGGACAUAUAGACUACAACAACUAUGUUGACCAGGAAGGGAUCAAGAGGUUUAGCACAAGUAUCAUUCCCAGUAAGAAUUUAUUGACAACUUGUAAACAGCUUUCAAUUGUUUGCCUUAAAUUAACAUUUCACAAAUUGGCUUGAAACAGCUCCAAUGACAAACUAUGGCAUGCUACAGUAUUUUGCCAACAGGUAACUCAAAGUAAAGGAUCAUUAGUAUUGUAUUUUUUUACCUUUUCCAUUCCCUUUUUACAUGAGAAAUAAGACAAACUUGAACAACAAAUUGCUUUCUACAGUCCAGGGCUCAAACUUAACUUUUUUGUCUACUAGCAAAGUUUUGCUAGUAAGAUUUUUUUUACUAGCAAAAGAAGGAACCUAACUAGCAACUUUUCAAUGCAGCCAUUUUCAGCGUUAAUUUUUUAAUCGAAAUUCUACUGGAAAAAUACCGGUACUCGCAAAUGUUUGCCAGAGGAUAUUUUUUAGACUCGCAACUUCGAAAAACCACUCGCAUUUCGCGAGUGCUAAUUUCGAGCCCUGCCAUCAAAACAUCAAAACAUCAGUCACCACUACUGACAACAGUCCUUCUCAGGACUACACUCACCUGGACAAUCAAACUACACUUUCACAAAUGGCUUUUCAAAAGAAACUACGUCAACUGGGAAAACAUUUAUGUGGAAAAUUUCUGCCUUUGGUUUUGUUAAUUUUCUUUUUUUGAUUUUGCAGAUAAUAUCAUCAUUCUGUCUCAGCCUAUGACAGUGGACGAGGAUCCUGGUUAUGAAAGCUAUCAAUAAUAAUCAUCAUUCAGUUGUGUAAAAUUGCUGUAUAUGUUUGAAAACAGUUCUAAGUCUUGGGCAGGCAAACUGACUCAAUCACAAAAAGCUUUUGGAGGCCACCUCUAAUUUCAUAGCUGUACUUAUUUGUUUAGAUAUCUUUGUAAUAUUAAGGUUACUCUCUUUCUUUUUCACCUCUAUGAUCAGUUCACUUUGCCAACCAGAGCAACUUUCUGAGUGCAAUCAACUGAAAACAUAGGUAUCAGAUGAACUCAUACCAGUGUAACGAUGAGUCUUCUUAAAUAGGAUCUUCUAAUUAAUACAGUAAGCAUAAAAAGACGAAAUACCUACAGGGUUGUUAUUCAAAGUAUGAAAAUUGCUCCACACUGAUUAGCAGAUGCUUUUAAACCUUUUGUAAUAUUUCUUAAUGGGAGAGUCCGGUUUGUUACAUGUGGUUGAGGUUGCAAUAAUAGUGUAACCUUUAAACCCUUGCAUCUUAUUUCUCCUCACAAUAUCACCCCUGAAUCACACAUAACAUCAUGAGGAUAAAGAAUAUUAUCACCAACUGAAGAAGCUCCUGAUUGUUAAACAAAUUCUCCUUGUCGAUACCUCAGGCAAUUUACGCAGAAUGGUGAAGAGAAUAUGCAUAUUGAUGUUAGGGUGUUAAAAGGAAAUGUUUAGAUUCUUGGUUUAAUUUCUCCUUUACAAAGUGGUGAUCAACUUCAAGAUAACAUGGUAAAAAAAUGAGACACCUUUCAUAUAUGGAAAUCCUUAAAGUAUACUUUAGGAUUUUUGGCAUAUUUUGCAUGAUGAAGAAAUUUGCCAGUAUUUACCAUUUACCACAUUUUAAAACUGCUGUUAGAAUGUUCAAACUGAAAUAGAUAGAGCAACUUUCCUCCCAAAUAAAUUAAACCUCACCCUAGGAAUACAGGUCACACAGUCACUUGGCCUUCAUUUGAUCACGGUGGAAGGAGACUAAAAUUUAUGGACAUAAACAAGUUUAUGAUCCCAGUUUAGGCAAACUAUUCCAAACAAUCUGUCAGUACAAUAGAUGUGUUAAUAUGUUAGUUCGGUAUCCAGUCGUUUCGUAUCCAAAUUCGGUCGAUUUAUGCUCAGUUUGAGUCGGUCUGUGCGCCAACCGCCGGUCCACCCGUAUCCGUCCCAAUAUACAUUCGAAAUAUCUCGCGCGUGGGCGAAUCAGCCAAGCUGGGUACGAAACGACAGGGAACCGAUAGUUCCUAUCCUGUUUUAGAUUCACCUUUUACACCUUAGCAUCGCGAUGCACAUUCUCUAUAACGCUCUCCACUCAUUCCCAAUGGUGCUGAAAAGGAGAGUUUGUUCUACAAUUAAGAGCUCUUAAAGUUGGUGAUCAUUUGCUUUAUUCUCGUGACCUUAAUGUUUGAUUCAGGAGUGAUGUUGUAAGGAGAAAUAAGAUGCUAAUCACUCAUUGGGGUCAAAGGGCCAAUCAUUGGUAUGUAACUCAAUCGUAAUUAUUAAAGCUAACUUAUAACUAUUUACAAGACGAAUACGAUUCCAAAAAGGUUAAUGAACUGAAACAUGAAUGGUUUCCGUGACUGGUUAAAAAGGUCCCCGAAAGAAUUCAGUCACGGAGAGAGCAGAUACAAUUUGGCUCGAAGAGACGAAUGUGUUACGAUCCCCAAAUUCUUAAUAUGAGCAGAAC